AUGUAUUCAGAUUGUUGCACAGGCCAGAACAGGAAGAUAAAAUUGAGUUUAUUAUUACAGAAACUAGUUCAAGAUCCAGAAAUGGCCACUUGUUAUAUUGACCACAAAUGUAUGGUGUCUGGUCACAGUUACCUGCCAAAUGACGCCGACUUUGGUGUUAUUGAAUCAAAAGCUCGAAAGAAGCAGUUUAUCUAUGGUCCUAGAGAUUGGUUUGAUUUAGUUGCUGGUGCUAAAAAGACCAAUCCGUUCCUGGUAACAGUGAUGAAACAGGAAGUUUCUUUCGACAAAAAAACUGGAAGACAGUAUUUGGAACAGAAAAUCCAAUACUGCAAAAAUAAACAUAAUUCCAUAUUUUACAAAGAAACCUUGAAGGACGACUUUCCAUUUUAUGAAAUUCAUAUAAAAAAACCCACGUUAAAGGGAAGACCCCCUAAUUUGAAUAUUAUCCAUGAUACACUGUAUUCAGAGCGAAGGCCUGUAAAAGCUGUCAAGAAGAAGCACUUGUUUGACCUUCUACCGUAUAUUCCUCCAACUUACCAUCCAUAUUUCAGAAGUUUGCCUUCCUUUAAUGACAGAACUCGAGCUUCAACCUCACAGGCUAAUGAACUCAAUUUUGAUGCAGAAAAUGGAAGCGAAAGUGAUGAAUAUAUUGACUAG